AUGGUCGCGGACGCCCUAGUCUAUCACCCGGCGGUGACCCAUUACCUCCGAUAUGUCGCGACUACAGUCGGCCGCGACAAGGUUCUGCGUACCAUCCAGUACUUCAGUCGAUUCUAUGCCUGGUAUCUCUAUCGGACCAACAACCCGACCAGUACUAUUCUGCCAUGGGUGGCCCUCAAGAACCAAUUUGGUCUGACGAGGAAGAUCCUGCGCAUUGGCAAAUUCGUCGAACAUAUCCGCGCGGCGUCAGAGAUCUAUGAUGCAGCAGUCAAAGCAGGCAAUGGGGACAAGAUUACACAAUACCUUCAGAUUCUCCGCCAGAUUGGCUAUGCCGGCUAUUUGCUGUUCGAUACGAUGACAGUGUUGGACGCAAUGGGCGUCAAGAAGGAUCCCAGCGCAAAGAAACUUCAAGCGAAUGCCUAUCGUUUCUGGUUCACGGGUUUGAUGGCCAGCGCCCUCGCAGGAAUCUACAACACCUAUAAGUUGAGGCAAAGAGCAAAGAUUGUGGACGAGAAAGACGCAGAAGCGAAGGUAGAGAAGGUCAAGAUUGCAAGACAACAACGAGCAGUCAAUAUCCAACUGGUGUCCGACCUUUGCGAUAUCACAGUGCCCAGCUCGGCUUUGGGGUACGCCAAUUUUGACGAUGGCAUCGUUGGGUUGGCUGGCACAACCAGUAGCUUGCUUGGGGUGUAUAGUGCAUGGCAGAAGACUGCUUGA